GCACCCGGGUGCUCCAAUGGGGCUCCCGCUCCCGGCACAGGUGGGAGCCGCUCCCGGCUCCCGCUCCCGGCUCCCGCCGCCCGUUCCGGCCCCGCCGCCAUGGAGCCCGUGGGCUCCUGGGGCCCCGCAGAGGUGGCCGCCUGGCUGCGAGGGCUGGAUGCAGAGGUGCAGGGGUACCCCUUCGAGGCCUGGGAGCUGGCAGGGCCUGACCUGCUGGGGCUGGAUGUGGAGGUCCUGGAGGCACUGGGCGUGUGGCCCCUGGGGCACCAGGAGGUGCUGCUGGAGGCCGUGGAGCAGCUCCGUGAACUGGACGCGGGGCUGGUGAGCACCAGCCUGCGGACCCUGACAGAGAGGCUGCAGGAGCUGGCCCAGGGCAUCCAGAGCCUGGUGCUGGGGGAGCUGCCGGCAGAGGAUGCCCCUCAGCCGCCCUCCCUCACCCUCCUGGCCCGAGUCAUCGACCUGGUCGGGGCUGCCAAGGGACUCUUCUCCUGGCUCAACAGGUACCUCUUCUCCACCCUCAACGACUUCUCGGCCAGCCGGGACAUCGUCCUGCUGUGUGCCCAGCUGGCAGAGAUGCUGCAGGCGGAUUGUCCCACGGCUGAGAGGGACAGGCAGAUCCUGCGGAUUUGCCAGCACAUCGUGGGCAUCUGCGAGAGCAUCGUGGGCUGCAGCCCCCCGGCGCUGCUGGACCGCAGGGCUGUGCUGCAGCAGGUGGGGCUGGUGCUGCCCCCCGGCCCAAGGGGCAGCCCCCCGAGGUCCCCCAGCACCCCAACGCUGCCCCCAGGCCUGUGGCAGAGCCCCCCAGCGUCCCCUGACUCGCCAACGCUGCCCCUCAGCCCAUGGGGGAGCCCCCCAGUGUCCCCUGACACCUCGGUGCCACCCUCUGACCCCCUGCCACUCAUCACCACCCCGCUGGGCUUUGAGAUCACCUCCACCAGCUCCUGCCUGCACUUUGUGUCUGUGACCUCCUGGGAGGCCCUGUCUGCCCACGGGGGGCACAUCCUGCCCGGGGACGAGAUCGUGCAGGUCAAUGAGCAGGUCGUGGUGGGUUGGACACGCGUCAACCUGGAGAAGAAGCUGCUGGAGAAGGCAAACGAGGUGACACUGGUGCUGAAGAAGAUACCCCUCGACCUGCCCUGCUCACCCCCCUCUCCCAGACAGCAGCUCCCAGGAGCAUUUUCGGAUGCUGCGGAUUCCCCUGGUACCAGGAGCGGCGAGUGCCCAGGCAGCCCCGUGUCCCUGACCUCCAGCGUUGGUGCCGACUUGGACUCCGGGCCGGACUCCACACCGGAUCCUGCCACUGACGAAGAGGAGGAAGAGGACGAGCAGGACCUGAGGCUGCCCGGGGCGGCCGUGGAGGAGCUGCCGGGACUGUCAGGACUGGGCACUGCAGGAGGAGGAGUGGGAGAGUGGCACCCCCUUGGACACCCCCUGGACACCCCCCUGGGCACCCCAAACUCUCCAGACACCUCUGCUGCCACCACAGAGCUGAGCCCCACGGCAGCCCCCACCACGGGGGCUGGGGGUGCAGAGCCCAGCCAGCUCCCUGGGGAGGGCAGCCCCCAGACAGGACGCAGACCCAAAGGAGUGGCGACCCGGCUGAGCCGCCGGCGGGUCUCGUGCCGGGACCUGGGCCGGGUGGACUGCGAUGGGUGGCUCCUCAAGAAGAAGGACCACGUGGGCUUCAUGGCCCAGAAGUGGAAGCGGUGCUGGUUCGUGCUCAAGGGCCACACGCUCUACUGGUACAACCACCCCAACGAUGAGAAGGCUGCAGGACUCAUCAACGUGGCCACCUACGACCUGGAGAGCACGAGGGAGCAGAAGAAGAAAUACGUGUUCCAGCUGUGCCACCAGAGGUACAAGCCCUUUGUCUUCGCUGCCGAAACCUUGGCUGACCUGAGCAUGUGGGUCAGUCGGCUCGUAACAGCCAAAACAAAGUACACACUCGCCCACCAGUCGGUCCCAGACAAGGAGGAAGACUGCUACAGCGAGACAGAGGCCGAGGACCCCGAUGAUGAGUCCCCCAGGCACGGAUGUGACUCGCCGAGGAGGAGGCUGCAGAACCCCCCGGACAGAGCCCAGCUCUCCCCAGCCAGUGGCGAGUCCAGCAGCCCCCAGGGCAGCCCCCGGCCCUGCUCCCCCAUGGACCCCGCCGGGGAGGACCUGGAGAGCCUGAUGCGGUGCCUGAAGCAGGGCGGGGUGUCCCUCAUGGGGCAGCGGCGCUUCCUGACGCAGGAGCAGUGCCGAAAAUCCUUCCUGCGGCGCAACAAGAACCCGCACAUCAACGAGAGGGUGCACGCCGUGCGGGCGCUGCAGAGCACGCUCAAGGCGAAGCUGGUGGAGCUGGAGGCGCUGGAGCAGCUGCUGGGAGAGGCUUCGCUCACCUCGGGCACCUUCAGGCGCUGGAAGGAGGAGCACCAGGAGCUGUACCAGGAGCUGCGGGAGGGGUGGGCAGGGCGGCAGCGACAGGGCCACGACGAGGGGACUGGGGGCGAGCGGGAACCCCCUGGAGAGGCGGCCGGACCGUGACAUCCCCCAGGGACCCGGCGGGGAUCGGUGCUGGCACAGCUCGGGAUGCUGAGGACAUUUUUGGCGGGCUCAUCUCCCUCAGAGAGAGCGGCUCCUGCUGCGUCCACACCCCCAUCCCCGGGGUGGGGGGCGUCGCUGAGACGAGUCUUUACUUUUUUUUUUUUCCAAGGACACUUUUGAGUCUUACUUUUCCCAAGGACAUUUUGGCUUGGCAGAGGGAA